AUGUGCGUCGCCGAACUCUGCGUCACGGUCCUUCCGUGCCAGCACCGCUGGUACCACUUGGUGCGCCCAUGCAGCCCCUCCAGCAACCUCUCCACAUGCGGCAAGAAGUUGGGAAUCUCCGGCUGGGAAGUCAAGUGCGACCACUGUCCCUACUGCCACGGCCACGUCUCCGAGUUUGAGUACAAGCUCAUCGGCGACGGACCAGCACCACCUGUCGGAUCCCUCUCAGGCCUCGCACGCGCACACUCGACGUCUCUGAACGCAGCCCGCCGGGACAUCCGCCUCGACAACAUCACCCGAACCGACAGUGCGACCAGCGUAGGCAGCAAGAGCAGCUUGGUCACAGCCGCCUCUGAGAAGAACCGCGCAAUGAACUCCCGACUCGACGCCUACUUCUUCCCCUCGGCUGACCAGCCCUACCCCGCUGUACGAGAAGACGACGCCGAGAGCAGCAGCGCGACCAGCCCAAGCGACACAUCAAGCAACGACCGCGCAAGCAUGCGACACUCGUCCAUCUCCAUGUCGGCUGAGCCCUACAAAGCCAACAUGCUCUCGCGUGUCCGGCAACGCACCAAGCGCAUCUCCACCAUCUUCAGAUGA